UCCUCCUGAAAGCUGGCGGUAGUGACGCCUAGCAGCGGCCGCCGGCAGAGGAAGCGGGGCGAGGCAGGGAGCUCUGGUGUCUAGCAGCCAGGCAGAGACAGACAGCCCGGGACGGGCGUUCGUGACCCGGCUCCACCAUGGGCUGCACUCUUAGUGCAGAAGACAAGGCCGCGGCGGAGAGGAGUAAGAUGAUAGACCGCAACCUCCGGGAGGACGGGGAGAAAGCGUCCAAAGAAGUCAAACUGCUGCUGCUAGGUGCUGGAGAGUCUGGGAAAAGCACAAUUGUGAAGCAGAUGAAAAUUAUCCAUGAAGAUGGUUAUUCAGAAGAAGAAUGCAAGCAGUACAAAGUGGUUGUCUACAGCAACACCAUUCAGUCCAUAAUUGCUAUAAUACGAGCCAUGGGCAGACUGAAGAUUGAUUUUGGAGAUGUGGCCAGAACUGAUGAUGCCCGGCAGCUAUUUGUUUUGGCCAGUACUGCAGAGGAAGGUAUUCUCUCCCCGGAACUUGCAGGUGUUAUUAUGAGGCUGUGGAAAGAUGCUGGUGUGCAGGCGUGCUUUUCUCGCUCGCGUGAAUACCAGCUUAAUGACUCUGCCUCAUACUACUUGAAUGAUCUGGACAGGAUUUCACAGACCAAUUACAUUCCUACUCAACAAGAUGUUCUCCGGACACGUGUCAAAACUACGGGUAUUGUGGAAACACAUUUCACAUUUAAAGACCUUUAUUUCAAAAUGUUUGAUGUGGGAGGACAGAGAUCUGAAAGAAAGAAGUGGAUCCACUGUUUUGAAGGUGUAACGGCAAUCAUCUUUUGUGUGGCGCUCAGUGACUAUGAUUUGCUCUUGGCUGAGGAUGAAGAAAUGAAUCGUAUGCAUGAAAGCAUGAAGCUGUUUGACAGUAUUUGCAACAACAAAUGGUUUAUUGACACCAGCAUAAUCCUCUUCCUCAACAAGAAGGACUUGUUUGAAGAGAAGAUCAGCAGGAGCCCCCUUACAAUUUGCUAUCCAGAAUACUCCGGCUCUAAUACAUAUGAAGAAGCAGCUGCCUAUAUUCAGUGCCAGUUUGAGGAUCUAAACAGAAGAAAAGACACAAAAGAGAUUUACACACAUUUCACAUGUGCGACAGACACAAAGAAUGUGCAGUUUGUUUUUGAUGCAGUAACAGAUGUUAUCAUAAAAAGCAACCUUGUGGAGUGUGGCCUUUACUAACCUGGAGGUACAAGUAAUGCAAAGAAAACCUGAUGGCUAAUUCAGGACCCUGCCACUCGAGGGGUGAGGUAUCACACUAUGCACAAGCGUACCCUGUUUCUCUCUAGAGGUCUCAAUUCCUCCCCUUGCAUUUUGCAGCCCCCACCUUGAUGUGACUUUGGCCAGAACUGUGAGCUGCUUUCCCUUGUUUGGUAUUACCACUAUCUCAAUGUUUCAAGUACUCCACCCUUUUAAAUGACUGGACUGUUACUGAUCUCCACUGUCCGCACUAGGAAUCCUCUGUGGCUGCUGCAGUGUUACGGCACAGCACCUCUUCAAUGGGACUCCGUGUUUUAUUGUAAACUCUAGUCAUCAUUUGAUGUUAUGACAGUUGCCAAUCCCAGUGUUGCAUUUUUCUGUCUGUGAGAUUUUUUGUUUUUGCAAUGGGAGAUUAUAUGUUAUGUUAUGGAUAGAGGAUGAUGAUACUUAUUCUUGCUCUCACCAUGGUGGAUACACCAUUAAGCCUAAUGAAUUUUAUACUUAAAUCAUUCCCAGUACCAAGUAGGGUAUUUUGCUUGGCAUCUGCUCUAUAUGAAACAUCAGUUCAGUUCCAUUAUUCAAAGGGGUAUUUGCAACUCAUGAAUUUAGUUUUUCAACCCCUUAAAGCCUGUUUGCGGACACCAGAGGUGUUUUGGAAGCCGAAAGCAAAGUGGGGAAGUUGCACAGUUUAUUUAACCCCUAUUGAUUUAAAGGGGUACUCUGGUGGAAAACUUUUAAAUUUUUUUUAUUUUUUUUAAUCAACUGGUGCCAGAAAGUUAAACAGAUUUGUAAAUGACUUCUAUUAAA